GGGGUGUGGUCAAAAAUUGCUGUGCUACGUGCGGAAAAAUUUUUUGUCCCUCUUUUUACUUCCAAAAUGUUGGGAGUUAUGCUCCUGGGUCAUUGGGAGUGGGAGAAAGGGUGCAGCUGUGGGUGACUCUUCAGCCCGCUCCCCUCUAUAGGAGACAAUGCAGAACAUUCUAUUGAUUGAUGAAGGGAUGAGCUGGAACAUUUCCAGAUAAACAAGGAGAAAUUUCACAGCCCGACAGAACAACAAAUGGACUCGGCUGACAGCGGGGGGACAUGAUAUGAUUUAUUAGGCUUUUAUUUACUCAUCAGACUCUUGAUGUCUUGAGUUUUUCUGCAAUAAAUUCAAAGCAACUAGUGGGUUUUAUUCCUUUAAAAGUUUUUAAAAAAGUUUUUUCUCUGCCUAGCCCACUUCUGAUUAGAUCACUUCCCGUUUCCAGCAAAGGCACUUCCUGCUUUAUGGUGGUCAGCGUGUCGCGGAUCAGUUUGCAGAUCAGGCAGUUGCGGGUCAGUGAGGCGUGGGACGCCAAGAGAAUCCAGCGCCCAGAGACAGAUCCAUGGGCCGCCUGUAUUGCAAAGAAGGCUAGCGGUCCGGACUUUCCCCGCUGAGAGCCGAUAGGCCCCCGUGACAAUUGCACCUUCACAGCAAUGACCUUGGGUGCCGCUGGCCAGGCUUUGGGUGUACAGAACGUUCAAACAAGAGAUGGGUUAGAAUUAUAUUCGUUAUCUUAUUAUUGUUUGUUCAAAUUUAUUCUAUUUAUAUAACUUAAAGGAAAUCAAUGAAUUGUAUAUGGAGAGAUUGAGACAGAUACAUUGAGAGAGAGAUCAUAUGAGAUGCAUAGAUGGAAGUAGACUGGUGAAUGGUGGAUACAGACAGAUAGAGAGAGAGGGAGAUAAAAAGAUAGAUCCUGAGGGGCGUGGCUAGCUGUACGAAGGAGCAGACGUGUUCCACCAGAGCUCUGUGGACCUCACGAAUAAUUUCGCCCCAUUUAUAUAUUUAAACAGCUUCUAUUACCAUUUGCUUAUGUGAUACCGGCUUGGGAAGCUACCCGCUGCAAUAGAGGUUAAAUCUGGUUCUCUGACACCGACGGAGCCGCCUUGCUGAUUAGGGCCUACCUCACGGCCAGACGCCUGGACUGGCGUUCACUCGUGGCCUGUAGCUGCGAACGGCCUGGAGCCGCGGCACUGCUCCCUCCUCAUCGCCUCCCAGCUGGUCUAUAUAAGGGGUGAGUGCCCAAAGACCCCUUCGCGUUUGGCCCCAGUGGCUCUGACGGCAGCGGCUGUUUCCAGAGACUCCCUGGCCUGGUCCCCCGUGACGCCGUCAACCUGAAGCGCUGCGACGUCAGCGGGGUGCCGCAGACAGAGACCUGCCUGAGCUAAUCCACGGACUAAGCUAAUCCGGUGAGCCGUAUGGUUCCUUCCUCUGUUCCCUGGGGCCGACGGUACCUGUAAAAGUCGCGCCGAGCAGGCGCUCCAAGCUGGAACGCAUAUGCCACGUGUUACUGCGCUGGAACGCAUAUACCACGUGAUACUGCGCAGAGGAAGCGCUCCAAGCUGGAACGCAUAUACCACGUGAUACUGCGCAGCCAUUAGGGAGAGGGCAAGUCGCCAUAGUGAGUUAGUGCUGCAUAUUGCCAGAUCCUGCACUGCUCUCGAGGUGGGGGCAGUGCCAGCAGUACCACUUUGGCCCCACAACUGAGCGUAAGCUCCUCUAUGAUAUUGUCUUGCUAUCCUUGGUGCCUCAGUGGUGUGGCUUGGGAGUAAAGAGUGCCAUAGCUACGUGUCAUUUCUAUGCUCCCUGUUGCUCUCUCUCUUCUGCAAAGUAGUGGGUCCCUAAAGCUGCAAGUUAAAUCUACCACUUUCCCACGGCACUGAUAUAACGGAACUGUUUGUUUUAUUGUAUCCAUGCUGAAUUAACAGGAUAUACUUCUGGGAGCUCCGUGGUGUUAUUAAUCCUGACAAUAUACUAAUCUACUGAAGAUCUGUAGUUCUCCUUGUGCUGAGCAUUCCUCCACGUGUUUAUUAUGCGUAGUAGCAGGGCACCGAAAAAGCCUGGUGAAUCGUCACAGAAGAUGGACCAGUUUGUGAGGAGGUCUGGUCAUGAUGGCGCUGCACCCUCUUCCCCUUCUUCCAUACCAGCCGAAGAUGCUUCGGAGACGGCAUUUGCACCAAUUCUUGCCGCAAUAGCGACCUGCCAAACCACACUCACUACUCACAUAGAGGAGGUUAAAAUUGACCUAUCUCUGAUCAAAGUGGAUUUGCAGGCUGUAAGGGAACGAACGACAGCUGUGGAAGCCAGGGUUAGUGCUCUGGAAGAUAUGUGUGCACCAGUUCCAGCACAGCUCACUGAAUUACAGCAGCAAAUAAAGCAGCAAGCUUCUCUCUUGGAUGAUUAUGAAAACCGUCAACGUCGUAACAAUGUGCGGGUGGUGGGGCUCCCGGAGGGCGCAGAGGGCAAUUCGCCUACUGAUUUUGCUGAAAGAUGGCUCAAGCAACUUUUGCCUAAUGCACCCUUCACUACACACUAUACAGUGGAACGGGCUCAUCGCGUCCCGGGUCGUCCUAGACCUCCGGGUGCUCCCCCGCGCCCCUUUCUUAUACGAUUACUUCACUUUCGAGAUAGAGAUGCGUCUCUCUCUGAAGCAAGAUCGAAAGGCCAGCUGGUGCAUGAAGGGGCCAAUAUAUCUCUGUACCCUGACUACUCUACUUAUCUGCAGAAACAGCGCAGCACCUUUACCGGCGUAAAGCGGCAGUUACGUGACCUGAAGUUGGUUUAUGCCAUGCUAUACCCGGCUAAACUCAAGGUCAUUGACGCCAACAAAUCUCAUUUUUUUAAUACUCCUGAAGAGGCAUUGAGCUGGAUUGAAGCACGGUCUGGCAGAGGUCCCAGGCCGUAAUUGUUCUUCACUGAGCCUCUUCUUCAAUGGUUACCUGACCUGUUAUACAUGGUUUCUAUAUCCUUCCACUGUUAAGAGAAGAGGAGAAGCUAAUGCAUGUGCCUUUUCGAUGUUAUCCCUAUUGCAAGAUGUAGCUGUCAGUGCAAGUGUUUAUCUCGUGUUGCUAGGCUGUUGAUGCCUCUGUAUGUCUCGGCAGUACCAGGUGAUCGAGCAAUCUACAGUAUUGAGACUCUUUCAGUGGCAGACACAGUGCCUUCUGCGAGUAAUCUGGACUCAUGUAGGUGCUGCCGUUAACCUUACCUGGACGCUGCCACCUGUUUUGGAACUUUUUGUGCACAAGGCAUCUCAUACUACGCAUAUGCAACUUGAUAUAAUUUCCUUGGGAUUGCAUGAUAUCCUUUAGUUCUGCAGUUUACUUUUCAUUAUCCUGUGAACUGUUGACCAAUCACCACGGAAGCUCUUUGGCCACAACAAGAUUUGGAACGACCUUGUUGAGGGCAACCAAACUCCCCAGUUGAUAUUAUGUUUGGGAUACUAAGCCCACCAGACUGUGAGGGUUGGGCAGGGUGGGGGGCAGUUGGGUGGGGGUUUUAUUUUUGUGUAUGUUGUUUUAACUAUGUCUUUUCUGUCUCACUUCAAUCUUUCUUUCCUUCUUUUCUUUCCCUCCCUGGCUGGAUAACACUGUAUGUACUUGGCGGGCUAUUGAGUCGCAGGGUGUCCGGAAGCCUGAAACUUAUUCAUCAUAGAGUGAGUACUCAUCCCCUUUUACACACCACCAAAUGGCUACUGUUAAGUUAGUAUCUUGGAAUGUUCGGGGCCUUAAUGAUAAGGUAAAGCGGGCAUUAGUCUUCAACUUUAUUAAAUCUUAUACCCCACAUAUUCUCCUACUUCAGGAGACCCACUUAGUUGGGAGUCGGGUCUUGGCUCUCCGAAAACCGUGGGUUGCGUAUAUUCAUCAUACUACUUAUUCAACUUAUGCUAGGGGCACCUCGGUCCUGGUUAGGAAGGGUUUCCCCUUUGAUCUCAUGGAGGUGCGUUCGGACAGGGCAGGCAGAUAUCAAAUUUUGGCGUGUGCUAUAGCUGGAUUCCCUAUCCUCAUAGCUAAUGUGUAUGUCCCUCCCCCCUUCGCAGAAACGGUACUUCAUGAUCUGUAUCAGACACUGCUGCAA